AUGUCUUGGAGCGGUCGAGUGUUUUUUCUUCAGAAGUGGUGUGUUCGCCCAAAGAACACAAAGGCUCCGCUGCCGCCAGUUAUAAUGCUGAAUAGUAAUGGUAGUCAACCUAACGAGAUCUACCAUAUUUUUGUGGAUACUCGCUGGAGGAUCCUUCAGAGCUGUAGAGUUUUUAGGAGUGCUGAGUUCUUUGCUACCGGCCACAGAUUUGUUGUUGCAACAUUAAGGCUCAGCCUCAGAUCGAGACGCAUCCUGAGAUCUUACCAGCAGGUGUUUCAUCUUGAGAGGCUCAAGAGUGAGGAGGUGGCCCAGGAGUAUGCAGUGACUGUCUCAAAUCGGUUUGAAGUGCUUGGCACUCUACAGGACCCUGCUGAACUAUGGGAUACCUUUAAGUGGGAAACCCUGUCAGCUGCUGAAGAGUGCCUUGGAGUCCGACUUCGGCGAAGGAGGCAUGUUGUCUUGGACGAGACACUGAACACUAUAGAAAUGAGUCGUGCUGCCAGAUUGGAUGGGGACCAUGUCUUGCACAGGGAGUUGUCUUGCUCUGUUAGGGCCUCUUUGAGAAUGGAUCAAGAAAGGUACAUUAGGGGCAUCGUGGAGGAAUGA